AUGAAAUACCAAUCGUGUGGUUUAGUUUUCGGUGUGCUGGUCUUCACCGCUGGUCUCAUCCUGUUCGAGCUUCCCUUCGAUAUUGCCGGCUAUGCCCCUCAUGGCUGGGCAACCGACUACAUCGUCGCCAUGCUGGUCGUCGGAUUUUCGAUGCUCUUCUUCUUUGCAACAUGGGAGAAAUGGCUCGCCCCAAUCCCUCUUUUCGAAUGGCGCCUAUUGACAAACCGCACGAUCAUUGGUGCUGUCCUCUUGGAUGCGACAUACCAACUCUCAAACUACUGCUGGAGCUACUACCUCACAUCUUGGCUGCAAGUCAAUAACGAUCUGACAAUUUCCACAGCCAACAUGGUAAACAACAUUUUCGACGUGGUUUCUGGUGUGCUCUUGCUCUUCAUUGGUUGGGCCAUCCGUCGAGUCGGCCAUUACAAAUGGACCCUCUACAUCGCGAUUCCCCUUUACACCCUGGCCCAAGGGCUACUCAUUCAUUUCCGCAAGCCAAACAUGAACGUGGGCUACCAAGUGAUGUGCCAGAUUUUCUUAGCAGUCGGAGGUUCGAUCUUCAUCCUCGUCGAGCAAUUGUCUAUUCUCGCAGCAGUCGACCACCAGCACGUUGCUACCGCAUUGGCACUGCUAAAUGUGGUUGGAACAAUUGGUGACUCUACCGGCUUGACCAUCAGCACGGUCAUCUGGCAGAAUACCUAUAUGAAGGCUCUUCUCCGUGAUCUUCCAGAAUCGGCAAUGUCGAACCUGAAUAAUAUCUAUGAGGACCUGGUGACUCAGACCAGCUAUCCUGUUGGCAGUGCUACAAGACUGGCUAUCCAGAAUGCAUAUGCCUACACUGAGCUCCGUCUGCUGGCAGUUGGUUGUGGAAUCAUGGUUCUGGCGAUUCCUUGGACUAUCCUCAUCAAGGAUAUCAACCUGAAGAGGAAGGUGCAAGUCAGAGGCACUGUUUUCUAG